AUGUCCCUCGUCAACCUUGCACACGUGUGCUCGCACCUCCAGAAUGCAUCCAAAGCCCGCCUAGGGCUCACGUCGAUACCCGUGUCGAAGAUGCACGUCAACCUGAUGCUCGGUCUCCAGCGCGAAGGCUUCAUCUCCAGCGUGACCCUCGGCGGCACCACACCCCCUACUCCUUUCCUGCUUCAGGAUCAGAUCGACCCCGAGGAGCACUCGGACAUGGCACAGAAAUUGGCCGCCGAGCCAUGGGCUGCGUACCCCUCUGCGGAGGCAAAGUCAGGCAAUCUGCUAGGUGGUCGAGAAAUAUCGUACAAUGUGAAGGUCCCACAAAAUCCGGCCCGUCGAAGGCUGUGGCUGGGAUUGAAGUUCUGGAACAACGAGCCCGUGCUCAAGAAUAUGAAGCUGGUUAGCAAGCCCACAAGAAGGAUAUGGUUGACAAGCGAGGACUUGGGCCGGAUUACGAGGACAAGAGAGGCGGCAUACGUGAAGGGAUUGACACAUCCGGGAGAGUGCAUGUUUUUGACUACAGACAGAGGUAUAUUGGAGGCGCGAGAGUGCGUCGAGAGAAAAUUGGGUGGUAUGGCUCUCUGCAGGGUAUACUAG